ACUCAAAAUCAACUACCCCAUUAUCCUCCUUAAAGAAAAUCGAAGCUGCGGCUACGUCCAUUGCAUCUUCGUCGCAUCACUCUCAACAAAUCAAAUCAAAUUAUGGCGUAUGCAGCAAUGAAGGCAACAAAACCAGGGCUAGAGGAGCCCCAGGAGCAGAUUCACAAGAUUAGAAUCACUCUUUCUUCCAAAAACGUUAAGAAUCUUGAGAAAGUGUGUGCUGAUCUGGUUCGUGGUGCCAAGGACAAGAGGCUCAGGGUAAAAGGACCUGUGCGAAUGCCCACAAAGGUUCUCAACAUUACCACUAGAAAGUCUCCUUGUGGAGAAGGCACAAAUACAUGGGACAGGUUUGAGCUGCGGGUGCACAAGCGUGUGAUUGACCUUUUCAGUUCUGCAGAUGUUGUCAAGCAGAUCACCUCAAUCACCAUUGAACCCGGUGUUGAGGUUGAGGUCACCAUUGCUGAUUCUUAGAUUCUUCUCUGUUUUCAUUAGGUUGUUGAGUUACUCAUUAUCUGUUCAAGUACUAGUGGUUUGGAGUUUCUUUCUUGGCCGUCUAAAUUAUGGGCUUAAGGUUUUCUUUAUUCCAAUUAAAGUUUUGCAGCUAAACCAGAUACUAAUACUAUUUGAUAUUGGGAAGAGGAUUUGUCCGUUAUUGUGUGGUUUUCUAGAUGAA